UCCUCUCGAGGAAUGUUACUACCGGAAGUCAGACCUCCCACUUCCGCCUGUUCGUAAGGUCCCGCGCGCGUGUGUCCCGCUCGCUGUGGAUGAAGAGGAGAAGUUAAACUUUUAUUAUCUUUAUGAAACUGGAGCGUCCCAAAAAAAUGUCAGACGUCCGACACCAGAGAUUUCGCAGCUUUCUGACUGAGCGUUUCACCGCCAUGGCCGUGGACGUGUUUGGAGAAGUUGAAGCCAUAGUGGAGGCGUACUGCGAGGAAAACAAACGCCUGCGGAAUGUCUUACACAUGGUGCUCAACCCCGAGAUAAAGUUACUGAGGAUAGAUGAUGUACAUCACACUGGAGCUACCAGGGGUUCCAUAUGUCACCCCACUGAGCAGACCGAGGAUGUUAGCAUGGACAUUUCUGAGCCAUUGCAUAUAAUCCCUAAAGAGGAGCAACUAGAGUACGAUAUAAGCUGUGAAUCAGCUGAACAGCAUGCACUGGAGGGAUCCAGUGAUGUAACAGACUGGGUGAAACAUGACCCAGAUGCAGAUGACUCAAGUAUGCCUCCCAUCAGUGACUCCUACGACUUUAAAGUGGUGGAGGUCAACCAGGACUCUUCAGUCACCGCAUCAGCAGAAGAUGACGAUUCUUCCUCAUUGGACUCGGAUGCACUCGAAGAUUGCCCACGACUUUCCUGGAAUGGAGUAAGCACAGGUGAAAGAUUGGAAACUCGAAACCCCAAAAGAAAGUCAAAGAAGAAAAAGAAAAGGCGCUCCCUGCAGAAAACUGUGCUGGAAUUACCAAGGAUGAUGCCUUCCAAAUGUGUUAUUCCAACCCCAUCUGAUUGCCAGUCCUUUCUGUCGAGGCUCACUGAGGCCUUCAAGGAUUUUCCGGAGGACAAAAAGCCUCUGAUAACAAAAGUGGGCCUCUCAGAGGGUGUAGACUUUGUGGACUGUGCUUUCGGUAAAGUCCCUAAAGGUUCCCCCUUGUCCUACCAGUGCCCUGUGCCAUCAAGUAAGGAUUAUCAGACUCAUGAUCACGCUUCCCCUCGCCCACAGCUUCCCUUGUCAUAUCAUACGCUGGAGCCAGUGCUUGAUUUUCCUUCAUCCCUUAGUACUAGAGAGCAGGAACACGUGGACAUCAUGCAGAUUACCUGGGAGAAUGCACAAUGUCUGGAGAGUUCCACACGUCCUCCACAUGGACACAAGGAGCUAGCUGAAGAGCUGCUGAAGCUGCGCCUGACCAGCCGUUUUCGGGAAAUCUGCAUACUCAGACCAGGAAAAAGUAAUGCUGACCACCUGAUAUUCAAGAUUCAGAAGGGAGGUCGCAAGUACAAGAACUCACAGGUAGACGAAGAGAUAAAGUCUGAAGCACUGAGGGAAUACUGUCGCCUUGUGUGUGUCAACUGGUCCCCCUGUGGGCUGGUCGUCCACCCUAAUGCACCGUGGCUCGGGGCGCUGCCUCACGGGUUGGUGUAUGACCCCAAGGAGAAGCCCAGUUACGGGCUUGUGCAUGUCAAAUGUGUUCAGUUCAGGAGCUUCAUGGACUGCAGUUUCCUGGUCUGCAAGUACGGAGUCUUGCAGCUGAAGAAGACCCAUCCUCUGUAUUGGCACAUGCAAGGAGAGAUGAUGGUAGCUGGCAUGUCCUGGUGUGAUCUGCUGGUGUUCUCCAACGAAGACUUACUGGUUCAACGCAUCUAUAGAGACAAGAGCGUCAUUGACAUCAUGAAGAAGAAGCUGGAUAACUUCUUCUUCUACUACUAUCUACCAAGUCUGGUUUAGACUGGUGUCACACUGCUGAUAUACACACUAUGUGGUUCUCCACAGAGGGGUUGUUGCACGUUUUAACAGAUUGUGAUACUUUCAGAUUACUCCUUUUUCCCUACAUGAUUGCAAAUAGAUAAUCGGUUUCCUUUUUGAGUUCAUACUGCUGAAGAGGCCAGGGUGAAGCCUCCGUAUAAGUUAACAUUUACAGCUAAACUCAGAUUCACCUGAAACAAAUAUUUCUAGGACAGAACCAGGAAAUGACGGUUUAUAUCACAGUCAUAACUGGAGAGGCAAAUUUUGCUUUACUUAUGAUCUUUACAUGUUUGCAUCUCAUGUUGAUUACUGGACUUCAAAAAGGAAAAGAGUGUUCAUUUCUUAACAUCAUAAAUAUUGAAAAGUGAGAGAAUAACCAUUGGGUUUUGAGAUGGUGUUGCAUGCAGUAUAAAGUUGAAUUUAGGGUGUUAUUGGCCAUGUUUGUCCAUUUUACUACUCUCUGAAGGAGAUCUGUUCUUGGGCUGCGUUGGAUGUAAACCCUUUAAGAUUAUUCAUGUGUGGUAUGAAAUGCCAGAUAAAUUAAUCUACCUCAAUUCUAAAACUUCAACCCUGAAGUUAUAAUUCUUUAUGCCAUUUAGUUGAGUCAAGCUACACACGUCUACAGACACAAAUAUCCACAUUUGGGCAUGACUUAAGCAGAAGGUUUGAAUGUUCAAAAAUAAAACUUUAAAUCAUUA